UUUUCUCCAAACAUUGAAGCUUCAAACUUUGGAGUUGAGAAUUCUCUGAUAUACAACAUACAACAUAUUCUCACAACAUUACGUACUGAUUAGGAUCUGCUUCUUCCAACCUACGAGACUCAAUGGCUACCCUAAUGCCAAUAUGUCGCGGAUGCUCGCGCCUAUUGUACCGAACCUCACUUCAACAGCCAAAGUUCGUUCGAGCAAGUACAUUGAGUCGCAUGUUCGCAACAACUAGGGUCAGAGCAGCAGCUCCAUUUCAAAAGUCCAAAGCAAUCCCAACUACAGCAUCUCCCAAAUCAAUCCCUACUACACCUUUAAAAAGGCCCCCACAAACUCCCCUGUUAAGCUAUGCGCAGCAGCUUGCUAACAAGCCCGUCCCGACGACCCUGUACGAGACAGGGCCUCAGGGGGUGUUCCUGUGCUCAAGCUACAUUGCUGGUCUCGUCAGUUUCGGUGCCGCAGGCAUAAAUAUAUGGUUCAACGUCUAUAAUGUGCCAGAGGGAAUACACUGGGUUGCCCCUGUCGCGUUCGGCAUCAUGGGGGUCAUCAUGGCCGCCAUUGGCACCAGGUUUGCCCUCAUGCCAGCAGGCGCCAUACGCUCUAUCAAAGUGCUGCCGGCCCGGCCUGGCAAGGCACCUGUUUCAAUUGCGAAAUCAGCCACGUUAGAGAAUAUACCUGUUCGCCUCGAAGUUGAGGUGCGGCGCAACUUCCCCAUCCCAGGCAGCACAAUCCGGCGCUUUCAAGUCAACCCCGACAAGGUGGUCAUGAAAGCGCCCAUGUACAAUCGCCCGCCAGCCACCUCAGAGUACGACAGCGUGCUGCAGAAGCAGCAGGAGGAAGCCCGACGGAAACAGGCACGCCAGUAUGAUAUGGACCACUUGAUGACGGCACCGUUUCGGCAUGGCUUCCAAGCCUUCUCGAUGCUGUUCGCAAACUUCCGCCGUGGCUUGACCGGAGAGGGCUUUGCCCCUGUGACCAUCGAUGAGACCAACUACAAGCUGGACAUCACGUCGGCCUACGCGCUGGAGGACGGGAGAGCUUUGGACAGGAUCGUAAGAAUUGAAGAGGACCCUGGGUUAUCCCGUCUGUUCUAUAAGUAGUUCACCAAGUUGUGGAAAAUACAAGAAGCUUUGUUCGAUUAAAUUAGGAUUUUUCGGCCUCGCGUGUACCUCAUUACUGCCUUUGGGAUCUCUCUAGCACUUUGCUCUGCAUAAUUCUGCUGUGUUUCGAUAUGUCAAAGUAAGAUAUAUAAAAGAGUCAAGGGAUUUACAUCGCUAGCAAGCUUUGCCGCUCUAUCUUCAUCGAUCCGGGGAAAGCUGUCUAUGUAGAUAGGCACUGAGCUUAAUAUGAACAAUCCCGGGAGCUGUCGAGUUAAGCAGACAGAAUAUAAAACGAUGGUGCUGUGGAAGAAAGGCUCCUUUUCACUUAGUUAUAUGCAUAUAGUAUACUACCUAAGGUAGGCACAUGAGGCGAGCAAACACCAGCGCCCAACGCUCUUAACUAAAGCCUACCUACCUAGACG